AAGGCUUGGAUAGGCCUCUAUGAGGACAACUGGAGAUGGUCUCUGAGUAACAGCAGCUUCUACAGUAAAGGAGAGACAGAUUUUAGAAACUGGGCUCGUGGAUAUCCCAGCAGUUCGUAUGGACAAAAGAGCUGUGUGGGAACUGGAAUGAAAACUUGGUUUAACAUUAAUUGCAACUCCUAUCAACCCUUUGUGUGCUACAAUGGUUCAGUAAAUGGCACAUCAUCCUUUGUAAAAGUCGACACACCUUUGAAUUGGACUGAAGCUCAGAGAUACUGCAGGGAGAAUUACGUCGAUCUAGCCAGUAUACGAAAUCAGGCAGAAAAUGACAUCAUCUCAAAACUGGUAGAUGUUUACUUAUUGUGGAUCGGUCUGUACUGGAAACAACUGUGGUCUGAUGGGAGCACCUCUCUGUUUCAAAACUGGGCUAGUUGGGAACCAGACUCCGGCACAGGGCAGUGUGUCACCACAUCAUUCAGUAACUCAGGACUGUGGUCAGAUGAUAACUGCACCCUCACUUUCCCGUUCAUCUGCUACUCAACAACUCCUCCAAAAACCGAAGACUUCAGAUCAAUAGGACAAAAUGAGACCAGUAUCACUCUGCAGUGGAAUAAAGUGAACAACAACUUCAGCUUUAUUCUCCAGUUUAAUGAUGCAGAGAUCAACAUCACUGCACCAGAUGGAGAUGGACCAGUAACUCACACAGUCUCAUCUCUCACUGCUAGAACUGAAUACACAUUCACUCUCUUCUCUGUGUUUGAGAACGUCAGAAUCAGUGGAGUGAACAUUACUGCAGUUACCGCUCCUCCAAACGCAGAAAACUUCAAAUCAACAGCACAAGAUGAGACCAGUAUCACUCUGCAGUGGAACAAAGUGAACAACAGUGUCAGCUUUAUUCUCCAGUUUAAUGGUGCAGAGAUCAACAUCGCUGCACCAGAUGGAGAUGGACCAGUAACCUACACAGUCUCAUCUCUCACUCCUGAAACUAGAUACACAUUCACUCUUUUCUCUGUGUUUGAGAACGUUAGAAGCAGUGGAGUGAGCGUUUCUGCAGCCACUGCAAAAGGCUCUGAUUAUGUUCUUGCCAUGAACGUGAAAUUAGAGUCAUUGACUCAGCUGUCAGACACGGAGUUGCAGAGUCUGUUGGAGGAGGAGGUCUUCAAACGAUACGGAUUGUCGCUACGCUUGUCUUUCAAAGUGUUGAGACGUGAAAUCAAGAAAGACAAGAAUAAAUGGAGGAUGGAUCUACAAUACAAAAAUCAUCCACUGCCCCCCACCAACUAAUUAUUUUAUCAGAUUUAGAGACCAGCAUCUGCAUGGACGUUUUACCCCCACCUCCACCAGUCCCUGUAGCUUUCCAGGCGAUUUCUUUCUUGUGUGUUAUAUUGAUGUAUGAGUGUUUUCUUUAAUGAUUUACUCUGAUGAUUAGAAAGGCUGCUGUCAGACAUUUAAA